UUAAUCAUUGACAACUUUUUUAGUCUAAAUCAAGAUUUUGAUUAGUUUACAUCUAAAACCAAUUUGAUAGUCAGUUGCUUUUGGAUUCUCGCUCUUAAUCAAAUCAGCUUUUAAUUGUAAAAUUAUAUUGAGCAUUCAACUGGUAGUGCCUUUGGUAUCCCUUGUAGUUAAUGUGAAUUAAAUUGAUUGAAAAGAUAAUAGUUGAACCUCAUGUCUCCAAUAGUGAUCGUUUAACAAUUUGUGACAAUUUAAAAUGAAAGAUUUUCAAUCAAAAGUGAUCAAUAUUGAUCAAUGGGUUGAGGAAAAUGGUGUUUACCUUAAACCACCAAUUUGCAAUAAAUUAGUUUUCAAUGGACAAUUAAAGAUCUUCCUUGUUGGUGGACCUAAUCAACGAAAUGAUUAUCACGUUGAAAAUGGUGAAGAAAUAUUCAUAAUGCUUAAAGGUGACAUGAUACUGAACAUUAUCGAGCAAGGACACUCGAAGGCUUUAACAAUUAGAGAAGGUGAAAUUUUUGUACUACCAAGUCGGAUACCUCAUAGUCCUCAACGAUUUGCCGAUACCCUUGGAAUGGUGAUUGAGCGAAAGCGAUUAGAUCAUGAACUAGAUUGUCUUCGUUAUUACAUCGAUUCUAAUUGUAAUCAAGUUUUAUUCGAGAAAUGGUUUCAUUUGGUUAAUUUGGACACCGAUCUCAAGCCGAUCAUUGAAUCAUUCAAAUCGUCCAUUGAAUGUGCGACUGGUCGUCCAACUCAAUUUUACGAUAAUUCAUUGACACCUCAUCCAGAUGAUCGGACAAUUAAACUACAAUCGCCCAUUUAUUUACUCGAUUGGUUUAAGUUUAAUUACUUAUCAAUUUGUGAAGGAUUUUCUUUCCUUUAUCCUCAAUCAGUCGAGUCGAGGAUUGGAUUUUAUGGUCCAGGUAAACAUAUUGUUAUCUCCGUCGAUACUGAACUGUUCAUUUGGCAUCUUGGUUCUCAUGCAAAACUAACAAUCGAUGAUGACAAUCAACGUAAAUUAACAUUCAACGACACAAUGAUUAUCGACAGAGGAUCUUUUUUCAUUCUUGUCUCUGAUGGACCAACUUUUAUCGCCUCAAUGAAACCAUUUACAUCAACAAUUAGACUUUGAUAUUUCUGUUCAUUCAUAUUUCUUUUCCUUAAAAUUGAGAUUUUUUAUUCAUAAUUUACACCUAAAAUCUUCGGAUGAUCAAGUCAUUUACGAGUUUCUAUAGCAAUUUCUCGUUAUUAAAGUAUUAAUGUCAAGAAGGUGAAUCUAAGCUCUAUGACUUGUAAUGAUCUAAUAUCAAUAUCAACUCGAACAAUCAAUUCUAUUAAAUUAUCAAUAAAUUAAUUCUCAAUGGGACUCAAACGACAAAAACUUUUAAUCUCUUCUCAUUCGAGUUGAUUGACUUUAAAAUCUUUGAGUAGUUUUCCAAUCAAUUGAUUUUCAUUCAAGUAAUAAAAUUGGUUCAU